GCCUGGAAAGAAGCAAGGAUGGCGCCUGCAGCAACUUCGGGAGGCGGCUCCCUGCCCAGUGGCUUCUCAGUUCUGGCCUCCUUCCCGGACCUGCUAUUCAUUUUUGAAUUUAUAUUUGGAGGCUUGGUCUGGAUUCUGGUGGCGUCUUCCAAAGUACCAUUCCCGAUGGUUCAGGGCUGGGUCAUGUUUGUGUCUGUGUUCUGCUUCGUGGCCACAACCAUCCUGCUUUUCCUCUACUUUGCUGGAGCUCAUGGUGGAGAUGCAUCCUGGAUACCCUUGGAUGUGUCCUAUCACUUGAUUGCAGCUCUCUUUUACCUGAGUGCUUCAGUACUAGAAGCCUAUGCCACAAUUCUUUCAAAGGAUAAUGUGAGAACUGGAUUUAAUGAAACCUUUAAACAUUACCAAGAAAACAUCUCUGCCGUGGUGUUUGCCUACGCUGCUACUCUGACAUACGUGAUCCAUGCAGUAUUCUCUCUAAUCAGAUGGAAGUCGUCAUAAAGUCCUGUGGAAGUUUACCAAAAAAUCCAGAAGGUGUUAACUGAUCGGCCAGCCUCCCGGGGUAGCUUUUUAGAAGUCAGGGAUGCUCACAUGGAUCUCUGCACUCUUGUUCAAAGUGGGGGGUUAGGGUGGAAACCUAUCUGUUUCUCCUUAGUGUUUAUCUUUCCUGUCUCAUAUAACUAACCGCAUAUGGGGAGUUGGGGGCUUGCUAUGUUUACUCCCAAAUAUUGACUGCUUUUUCUCAUCAUUAUUUCCUUUUCAUGAGGGGCUGAACUCUUGGAGAAGGUAGAUAGCAAAAUGAGACUCCUCACAUCUCUUUGCUGGGCCCCUUUUCUCCAUGGCCACUUUCCAUCUCAGUCACUAUCAUAUGCACAGUUUUAGGUCCUUGGAACAUCUUUGUGUGUUCUAGGGAUUGAGUUCUCCCAACAGAUUCUUUCUGGAACCAACAGAAGAUGAUGCAUCAGCCAUGGAAGGGGAAAUAAGCCAGGAAAAAACAUAGGUGUUGGGUGGCCAUGCAAGACAUACCAAGGAUACAGCCCCUACAUGCUUUUUUUGUUUGUUUCUUUUCUUUAUAAAAUGUUUUCAUACCAAUUUUCUUAUGAAAUUCUCCAACCUCAGCCAAGACUUCCAACUAUAGUUUACAUGAAAUCCCUUGGUUAUAAUUGAAUGGUGCCUCCCUCAACCCAGUUAAAGUUCAGAUAGCAAAUAUGUAUAUUGGUGUGCCUCUUGGAGGAAAUAGGAUUCUGGAUAAUUUUUCAUCUUGUCCCAGCUGAGCAUCUCCACAGAAUGGUAUUAGCUUUUGUUUGAUAACAGUCUUUUCAAGUGUUUUUAUUUUUAUUUGCCGAUAUCACUCUUCUACUUCCUCUUUGACCUUCAAAAUGCCACCACUAUCCAUCAGUCAGUCAACAAAUAUUUAUAGAGUGGCCUCUGCAGGCCCCCCCACUGUUGGCAGUCAUCUUUACAUGGUUGCAGAUUCCACACAACAGCUACUUUACUACAAGGCAAAAUAAAUGUUGCUGUCUUACCAAAGUAUCCUUUAAACCAGGAAGAAAUUAUCCCAGAUGGAUUAUUUUGAUUGCUUGUUUUAAAAAAAAUCCACUCAGAAACUGUCUUUAGAGAGUGGGCUAUGUAUUUUGUUCAGUAAAUUUUCAAAUAUCAGUGACAACAAUAAACUCUAUUUUCAACAA